AUGGCACCACCAACAGCUACAAGUACUGUCCAAAUAACCCAGGACAUCAAAAAGUUAGAAGUAUCAAAUAACCAAGAACAAAAACCUGAGAAACAGGUGAAAAGUAAAUAUGAUACUGAUAAUGUUGGUAAAUACAAAUCACCGUUUUAUUCCGCAAGAGUUGAAGGUGAAGAUGGUUUAUUAGUUUUAAAAAAUAUUGAAAGAGGUGAUCUUUCUUAUCCAGAAUAUGAACCAACUUGGGAUACAAAGACUAAAUUUGAACCUUAUGAAUUAUUUGAAAUUAAAGAUCGUGGUCUUUUUGCUGAUAAAUCUUACAAAAAUUUACUUUCAAAAGACAACAAAGAUUUACAAACUUCAGAUUUGACACCAAAAUUUGGUACAGAAAUCAAAGGUGUUCAAUUAUCUGAAUUAUCUGAUGCUGCCAAAGAUGAAUUGGCACUUUUAACUGCUGAAAGAGGUGUUUUAGUUUUCAGAGAUCAAGACUUAGCUUCUAAAGGUGUUGAAUUUAAUGUGAAAUUUGCUGAAUACUUUGGUCCUUUACAUAUUCAUCCAGCAAGUGGUGCACCAAAAGGGUAUCCUGAACUUCAUUUAGUUUAUCGUUCAAAAGAUGCAAGUGCUACUGAAUCUUUUCUUAAAAGACAUACCACUUCAGUUGCAUGGCAUUCAGAUGUUAGUUAUGAAAAACAACCAUUAGGUACCACUUUCCUUGGUUUAUUAGAUGGUCCAACUUCUGGUGGUGAUACUGCUUUUGUUGAUACACAAGCUGCUUAUGAUAGAUUAUCACCAGAAUUCCAACAAAUCAUUGAGAGAUUAACAGCUGAACAUUCAGGGUUUGAACAAGCAGAAGCAUCAUUAAGAAGUGGUGGUAUUACAAGAAGAGAUCCUGUUAAGAAUAUUCAUCCAGUUGUUAGAACCCAUCCAGUCACUGGUAAAAAAGCCAUCUAUGUCAAUCAACAAUUUACAAGAGAUAUUCAAGAAUUAAAAGUUGAGGAAUCAGAUGCAAUCUUAGGAUUCUUGUAUAACUUUUUAUCAACUUCAAUUGAUUUACAAAUCAGAGCCAAAUGGGAAAAAGGUACUGUUGUUGUUUGGGAUAAUAGAAGAGCUUCUCAUUCUGCUCUAUAUGAUUGGGAAACAACUGAACGUCGUCACUUGUAUAGAUUAGGUCCAAGAGCUGAAAAACCAUUCUUGAAAAAGUGA